GAUGGAUGGGCUGAGGAUCAAGGAGACCCCAUGGGUGAUGCUCUGAGGGGGAAGGACAUGCCCUGGGCCACCCUCACCUGGAAGCGGCAUCUCUGCAUCUCUUUGCUGCUCCAAACUGUAAGUGAGAGCCAGGUUCCUGGAGGGGGCAGUUCCCCUUCCUGUGGGGCUGCUGACAUGACAACCCCGUGACGAAGGACCAGCCUCACAGUUACCUCACCCUGUGCCUCUGUCUGUCCCUCCCGGCAUUGCAGUCUCCUCCAUCUGCACAGCUGGGGCCAGAGGGAGGAGACAACAUGACCCUCACCCUCAUGACCCUGCUCUGCGUUGGGCUGAGUGUGGGCCCGAGGACCCCAGUGCAGGCAGGGAUCCUCCCCAAACCCACAAUCUGGGCUGAGCCAGGAUCUGUGAUCCCCCAGGGGAAGCCCGUGACCAUCUUGUGUCAGGGGACCCCGGAGGCUCAGGAGUACCAUCUGGAUAAAGAGAGAAGCACAGAGCCUUGGAGAAGACAGAAUCCACUGGAGCCUGGGGAAAAGGCUGAGUUCUCCAUCCCACACAUGACGCAUCUAUCGGCAGGGCGAUAUCGCUGUUACUAUCUCAGCCCCACUGACUGGUCAGAGCCCAGUGACCCCCUGGAGCUGGUGGUGACAGGAGUCUACAGCAAACCCACCCUCUCAGCCCUGCCGAGCCCUGUGGUGACCUCAGGAGGGAAUGUGACCCUCCAGUGUGGCUCAUGGCUGGGAUAUGACAGGUUCAUUCUGACUAAGGAAGGAGAAAACCAACCCUCCUGGACCCUGGACUCACAGCUAAACCCUAACGGGCAGUCCCAGGCCCUGUUCCCUGUGGGCCCUGUGACCCCCAGCCACAAGUGGAUGUUCAGAUGCUAUGGCUAUGAUAGUAAAAACCCCCAGGUGUGGUCAGGCCCCAGUGACCCCCUGGAGCUCCUGGUCCCAGGUGUGUCUAGGAAGCCCUCCCUCCUGACCCAGCAAGGCCCUGUGGUGACCUCUGGACAGAAGCUGACCCUCCAGUGUCUCUCUGAUAACGUCUACGACAGAUUCUCUCUGUUCAAGGAGGGGGGACGUGACCUCCCCCAGCGCCUUGGCUGGAAGCCCCAGGCUGGGCUCUCUCAGGCUGACUUUCCCCUGGGAACUGUGAGUGGGUCCCACGGGGGCCAGUACAGAUGCUAUGGUGGACACAACCUCUCCUCUGAGUGGUCAGCCCCCAGUGACCCCCUGGACAUCCUGAUUGUUGGAAUGUAUGAGAAACCCUCUCUCUCAGCCCAGCCGGGGCCCUCAGUGUCCUGGGGAGAGAAUGUGACCCUGCAGUGUCGCUCUGAGAUCUGGUUGGAUACCUUCCAUCUGUGCAAGGAGGGGUCACCUGCUCCUCCCCAGCACCUUCGUCUGCAGAACAGGGCUGCACCCUUUCAGGCCAACUUCACCAUCAGUCCUGUGACCUCAGACCACGAGGGGACCUACAGGUGCUACAGCUCACACAGCACCUCACCCUACCUGUUGUCACUCCCCAGUGACCCCCUAGAGCUCCGGGUCUCAGAAGGUGCCCAGUGGGCAAUGUGGGGUGUGCAUCCCCUUCAAGGCCACUGUCCCUUCUCUCCAGGCGUGUACAGGGAGCCCUCUCUCACAGCCCAACCGGGCUCGCUGGUGCUCUCUGGAGACAACCUGACCCUCCAGUGUCACUCAGAGGCCGGCUUUGACAGAUUUGCUCUGAGCAAGGACGAGGGGCUCACACCCCCACAGCGUCUUCAUGGGCAGCACAGCCCUGACUUCCCCCUGGGCCAUGUGGACCGCACCCACGGGGGCCAGUACAGGUGCUACGGUGGACACAACCUCUCCUAUGCAUGGUCGGCCCCCAGUGCCCCCCUGGACAUCCUGAUCGCGGGAAUUUACAAGAAACCCUCCCUCUCAGCCCAGCUGGGGCCCUCAGUGUCCUGGGGAGAGAAUGUGACCCUGCAGUGUCGCUCUGAGAUCUGGUUGGAUACCUUCCAUCUGUGCAAGGAGGGGGCACUUGCUCCUCCCCAGCACCUUCGUCUGCAGGACAUGGCUGCACCCUUUCAGGCCAACUUCACCAUCAGUCCUGUGACCUCAGACCACGAGGGAACCUACAGGUGCUACGGUUCAAAAAGCACCUCCCCCUACCUGUUGUCACUCCCCAGUGACCCCCUGGAACUCCGGGUCUCAGGUGAGGAGCUCCAGUCAUGCCCCUUGUGUCCUCAUGGUCAGUUCAGGGUCUCGUCCCCAGGGGAGCUCUGGGCUGGGAUGGGAAUAAGAGGGUCACAGAAGGUGAGUCAGCCAGAGGGGUAUCUCACCUCUCAGAGGGAUGGAAAAAGCCAGAGCAACUCCCAUCCCAGCCUCAUCCUCAUCCUCAUCCCUGAGGUCCAGAUACAUUUGUGGUAAGUGGAGGAGGCUAGAGAAGACUGAGGGCCGACCAAAAGGAGAAAA